AUGUCUUACGCUGCGAGUUCCAUCGGUCCCGUCGAGCAGCCUUCCAGCAAUAGGAAGAGAGCAUACGCCCAAUCCGACAUCAGAGUGAACCUGAAGGACCACUACCGCUCCAAGGUUUACACAUCCGGUUCGCCCGUGGCGGGCGAUGUGACCAUCACCACCAAGCGCGAUGUCCGCUUUGACUCGAUCCAGAUCCUCCUGAUCGGGCACACCAAGACGACCUUUGACGGCGUGAGCGCCCCGCAGGAAGUCACCCACACAUUCCUCAAGAUGGUCAUGCCCAUCCCCGAAGCGACGACGUAUCCGGUCCCUAGGGUGCUCGAGACAGGCCGCACAUACACGGUUCCCUUCAACUUCGUCAUCCCUCACCAGCUCACCAUCAACGCGUGCAACCACGCGCGGCUUUCGGACCAGCUCCAAGACCACCACGUGCUGCUGCCGCCCUCUCUCGGCGGCUGGCAGCGCGAUGACAUGGCGCCUAAAAUGGCCCAGAUCGAGUACAUCAUCAAGGCUCGCGUGAUGCGCGAUGACGGCGACCGCAAGACGCGCAUCAUGGAGGUGACGGAGCCGAUCCAGGUCCUCCCAGCCACCCCGGAAGAGCCCCCGCUCAGCAUCACCGAAAAGGACAACAUCUACCGCAUGUCCAAGACCAAGACGCUCCGCAAGAACAUCCUUUCCACCAAGCUUGGCCGUAUCACAGCCGAGGCCCUCCAACCGGGCGCCGCCAUCCUAUCCCCCGACGGUCGCCGCGUUAUGUCGCACCCCAUGGCGCACAUCAAGCUCACCUUCGACCCAGAAAACCCGCGCGUUCUGCCCCCUACCAUCACCAGCGUCACCUCCAAGAUCACCGCCCAUACCUACUUCUCCUCCGGGACCAUCUCCGACUUCCCCAACCUUGGCGUCUGGAACGCCCCCUACCUCACCGAUCGCCGCGGACAAUACUUCACAUCAACCCCUGUACCCACCGUGACCCUCGCCGAGCAACCCGCCUGGACACCCACCUCUCUCCGCCGCCGCGACUCGGGCUACGGCAGCAGCGAUACCGAAUCAGACCACGCACCAAAAUCAAAGCCGACAGCGUCAACGAAGAACGGCUCGCCAUCAUCACCGGUUCUGCACACAACUACUCUCUCGGUGCCGCUGUCAUUGCCAACCGAUAAGAAGACGUUCGUCCCGACCUUCCACUCGUGCAUCGCGUCGCGCGUGUACACGGUCCAGCUUUCGGUGAACUUGUCCUCGCCCCGCGGCGGCGCGUCGACCACCGUCUCCCUGGCGGUGCCGCUGCAGGUUGCCCGUGAGCAGGAGACGGGCGCGGUGGUGGUUGUGCCGCCGGCGGGGCUUGGCGGGUUGCCUUCGUUUGAGGAGGCCGAGGCGGAUAUGCAUUUGAGGCCGCGGGUGCUGCAGGUUCCGGCCGGCGACGAGGCUACUGCCGAAGCAAGGGGCAGCUGGAUGUGGACUGUGGGGGAGUGCCUGCAGUCGUCGGACCGUGGGGGGUUGCCUGAGUAUUGCGCUGGAGGGUAUGCCUGUCGGGCGUGAGUUUGCUGGUGGUGGUGGUAAUUGAUGGGUUUGUGGUGAUGAGUUCUGCUUUCGGGACAUGAUACCUCUUGUUCUGGUUCGUUUGGCCUGGUCUCUUUUUUGUCGGUUUUAACUUCGCCUGGAGUUUCACGGAAAUGAAAAGGGGCACACUGAAGGGAUUUGAUAUGGGUAAAACGAGGGAUAGAGAGGUCUGAUAUUACAAGGAUACCAAAGUAAUGACAAUGUUUGAUAUUCCGUCAUGCUUCUUAGGCACAGUGUCGUUGUCUGAGGAGUUGAAGUUCGAAUUUCUCGG